CGGUCUCGGCAAACCGAAACAGAGGGUGGAGUCGCCAGUCCAGGGUUGUACCAACUUCAAUAGCAAAUUUGGAGCAGGCAAUAAAUACACAGCUAAAAUUAGACGGUUAUUCCUCUGGGAAUAAGACCUAACUAAAGUUCCAGCUAAGGUCUUCUAAACAAGGAGGACUACCCUGUACGAGCCACAAAUGUUGGUAUUAUAGAGACUAGCACAUGCUCCUCAGUGCUCCAUUGCCGCCAUGCUGUACAACACGUUCUGAAACUCAGGAUAAGUGGCAGUUCUGUUCGUAACGCUGGGUUAAAUCUGUACAAACCCAUACCACUUGAUUCUAUUGGAUUCUAUCCUCUGACCGGUGCUGUUGACAGUCGACUCAAAGGGUGAAUAGCCGAGAAAAUGUCUUUUUUAACCAUACCAUCCCAGGAGGGUCUUUUCACCAAGGUGAAGAAAGAGGGGUCAUCCGGAGAAGGAGGGUGUUAUGACGAAGGCCAGUGUAAUUCGGAUGAAGAAUACGAAGACAGAGAGGAGACAAACGUGCGUCUCAUCCCCAGGUGCUCUCCUAUCCCAAGGAAACGCGGACGGUCCAUCUAUGAUGAGACCGCAGAGUAUCUGAAAAUCAAAGAUGCAAUUCCCAGCAGGAGAGUGUCGUUUGCCGAUACAACAGGUAGAGACCUAACCGAUGUUAAGGAAUUCGUCCAAUUUGAUUCGGAUGAUGAGGAUGAUGCCAGGUGGGAAGAAGAGGAGGCAAAAUACCGACCGAAAAUCCGUGAACCGACCUACCGCAUAAACCCGGAGUGGACCAUUCCCACUGCGGCUGCCCUGACGAAAGCAGUGCACAUUAAUAAAGUAGAGGUGGAGAGUGUGUCACCUAUUGAAGACGAGCCCUUGGCAUUUAUCGUGUUUAUCCGAGUGCUUAAUAUUUCAUUUAACAAAACUGUGUGCAUUCGAUCAACUAUGGACAGCUGGAGCACCUACUUUGAUUGUCCAGCAGAUUAUGUCCAGGGCGACGGUGAGACUGAUAAAUUUUCCUUCAAGCUCUCCUUCUGCCCACCGUAUCUUCACCAUGGGGCUCGCAUUGAGUUUGUUGUCCGUUACGAAACUCCAGAUGGCGAUUACUGGGCGAACAACUCGCAAUUGAAUUACUCGGUAACUCUUCUCGUGUCCUUCGAAGACGAUGUAGCACAAGCUUGCCCUUUUGAUAUGCCAGACCUUACAAGUAUCCUGAAAACUGAAAGCAGUUACAGUAUGGAGGAUUCUGACUACUUUGCACAGUUCCCAGAGAAGGGUGAAGAUGAACCGGUGACUAAGCCAGUGCCAGACAUGUUGAAGCCCAGUCCUCAGUGUCCAGUCAUUCUUCAACCAGAGCUUGACAUAGAGCUCAUUGAAGCUUCAGCCACAAUUUAGACUGCCGAUGACAUACCCAGUUCUCCUCUCCCAGCCAACCUAGACAUUCCAUUAGCAGAUGGAACACUGUCCAGUGCCACUGUAUCCCUGGGUAAACAAUCACCUCAUGUGUUUUCCACAUCCACAACACAAGCCAAUGAAGUACUAUCCAAACCUGUAGCAUCUGAAGCCAACUAACUGACAACUGAACCAGAGCCUUCACAGGAACUGGACUGUGAAUUACUAAAACUGGAUUGUGAAAUACCCAAACUGGACUCUGAAUUAGAAGAACAUGUUCCACCACCACUCCACAUCAGCAUUGCUGAAGCAUCAGAUGGCAAGAAGGAGGAAAAGGGAGGAACCUUCCAGGUGGAGCCCAAAGAUAGUAGUCACCCCACACCUAUGCAUGUUCCUUCACCUCUCCCCAGUAAUAUGGAUGAAGUCUUAGAUGGUGAGAAAGAGAAGGAGGAGGAUAGUAGUCCCUCUACACACCUGCACAUUCUAACACCACCUCAUGUCAGCAUUGCUGAAGCAUCAGAUGACAAGAAUGAGGAAAAGGGAGGAGGAACAUCCCAGGAAGAGCCCAAAGAUAGUAGUUCUUCCACACCUCGGAGCUCGUCUCCAACACCUCUCCACAGCAGCAUGACUGAAGCCUCAGAUGUUGAUGAGGAGGAAAAAGAGGAGGAGGAGGGAGGAGCCUUCACUCUGGAACACACAGAACCACACUCCGAACUUGACCCACCUCACACGGAGAUCCAAGCCAACAUGCCUUCUUCACUGGAAGAUGUUUUAUAUCAGAGUGUGCUUUCUGCAACACCAAAUGUAGUGGUAGGGAAGUUGGUGGAGGAGGAGGAGGAUGUUGAGGAGGUGGAGAUCGAGGUGUCGGAGCAUGGGUCAAAGGUGAAGGAGGAUCCAAGGCAGGAAGCAGAGAAAGAUGCCGAGGAGGAAAAUGAGAAGUCCUUCAGAAUUCAGGAGACAAGCACCAGCUCCUCAAGUCGCCUAGAACAUCCCUCAGAGUACACCCACUGUAAGCUCAUCAGAGCUGAAGAGGGUAGCAAAUCCCAGAUAAAGGUUUUCUCUGAGGCCUCCCCAUCUCUCCCUGAAGAGUCUGAUGAUAAGCAGCUGACAUCAAUGGAUGACAGCAUGGCCAGAGAAGAUGGAGUCCUGAUGCUAGAGGCUGUUGGGCCCAAGCUAGAGAGCUUCCAGGCAGGUGGCGAAGUAGGUGUAGUUGUAGAUGUAGUAGCCAUCUGUCCGUGGCACCCUCCCAUGGUGACCGUGACACACCUUGGGCCCACAGGAGAGGACAGAAUGACCCAGAGUCUGGCCAGCCACACUGCUGAGCUGCCCAAUGACAUCUCACAGACAUCCCACCCUGUGUCUCACCAGCGCUUCAAGCGAGGGGUGGCAGCCGGCCUGAGCGAGCUGGCAGCUGUGCUCUCUGAGGACUCAGGCAACUCUAAGCAGCAGGAUGACAUCACUGCUAGGGAACACACCACUCCUGGGUUGGAGAGCCAGACACCUCUGGGAGUUCAGCGCAAAACCUUAUCUUUUGCAGUCACAGAGAACAUCUCAGAGUCAUCCAUGACCAUGACCCAAGAUGGUACUAGCAGUUCAAAUGAGGAAGACGCUACUUCGGCUGACGAAGAGGAGACUUUCCAGGUUUCCUCAGAAACAGGUCUACCAAGCAGAUCAUCAGAGGCUCAGAUCACCAAGCCCCUAAGCCCCCAGGCUGAACCGACCCUGGACAGGACACUGAUCCCAUCCAUCAUAUUCCUGAGUGUGGCCAUCGGUCUCGUCGUCGGGCUUCAUGAACCCAGCACCUUCCUCUUCAUGGGACUAUUCCUUGUCUCCCUCUGUUUCUGAGGUGUUUUGAGGGGUUCCUCCUUUUAAAAUGUGUGAAGUGACUUAACCCCUUUUUAAGUGCCUUUUCAUGUUACCAAACAAUGUUGUAUUAUGUGCACAAUUGGUUCCUGGUGUUUUAUUUUAAAUGUGUGCCUGUGGAAGUGUGUAUAUUUUUGUUUGUUUUCACAAAAGAGAAGGGAUCUUGUUCGUUAAAAGUAGCAAGAAGUUAAUUGGAUUUCCAGUGUUCCAUGCCAAGAGUUAGUCAAAAAACUGUUUGAGUUCGUUAAAACAUAGCCAUGCAAAACUAAGGCCUAAUUUUGUUCUUAAAGGGUUCGAGUUUGAUUUUGUGUAUAAAACAUGGAAAUCCAAAGAAUUGUUGAGAAGUGUGACUGUCGGCUGUUUGGAAUCGGAAUGUAUGUUCUAGAUUGGGCUGGGAGACUGAAACUGGUGAAGCAGUAGAUUGUAAAGUAAACACAGGUUCCUUGGGUAAGGACAGUAGCUACAAGAUAAAGUAUGUUUAUAUGACUGCCUAAUGCAAAAUGUUGUCAUUUGUGCUCUGAGAAUUGCCAGUCCUCACAUUUUAGAAUAGUGGUGUGCUGUGGUAAUCCUUUUACAGUAGUCUACUGUUGCUGCUAUCAGAUGGUAGUUCAUGCAAGUUAAAGCCUACACAGUUUCACAAUUUAUCUAGCCACAAAUCUAGAUAGACAGAAAUUAGACUGACUGAGUUUUAACAACUCUUCACUGUGAUGAUACCUGAAAGGAUGUUUGAAGUGAUUUAUGUGUUUGCGGUGUGUGUAUGUCUGGGUAUGGUGCGUUAUGGUUCCCAUAAAAUCAGAUGAAUAAACUAUGUGCUGGUCUUUA